AUGACAGGCUGUGGCCCGUCAUACCCUCAAAUGUCGCUGAGGUAUUAUGGAGAACAUGACUGGUAUCUUGCGCUCUUCGUGCUCGUUGAGAUUCCCCAUGAGGAAAUCGACAAAAUCAUUGAGGACGUCAACUUUAUCAUGGAAGAGCAAGGAACUUGGCUAGCAACCGAGGGCGCCGAAAUCCCUACCAAACAAAAUCCCUGCUUGACAAAAACACCCAUAGAUCGCCGAUGGACUUCACCUUAUCUAGGCAAGGCCCCAUCCGAUGCCGCCCAGUUCCUUAAGUCUAUCGGCCCACAUGAAGGAUUUGAGAGACGUCACUUCCUCGUCGUUGAUGAUGACUUUAUUCAUGAGAAACGAGGAUUGAUCAAAAUGUAUCGCAUGGAAGGAGAGGACUAUGAAGAGGCGGGAAGCGAGUUGACAGUUAUAGCGGGAAAACCCAGCCCUCUCAUGAACUUCGCUCAUGCAUAUAGACCAGGGCAGUGGGAGGAACGCGCGGAAUAUUGGAAAUAUCUGGGCCAAGCCUUCGAAUAA